UCGUACAACAAAAAUAAAUAUGUAUGUAUUUGCUAAAUAUUAGUUAGUAAGCAAUUUAAUUGCUGAAAAAGUGUUACCAAAUACAUAAAGAAAACAAAUCAAAUUGUCCGAUAAGAUAAAAAAAUAAAGUAAAGUGACAAAUAAAUCCCUUACACACACAAUUGUUUUUUUUUUAUAAAAAAAGAGCGUAAAUAAAAACAAACGGUAAAUAUUACACUCUGUGAUAAUUAUUAAUUGGAGCAUAAUAAAAACAAUUUUUGCAUUCUAAAACAACAACAAAAACCUACAAACAUACUUACAACAAAGUGUAACCUAUGAUUACAGCUCGCCUGUAAAUAAAUAGCAGUCAUUAAAUUCGCCGUCGCUGCCGUUUUAUACAUAUAUGCGCUUCUCUACGCUGCACCACCUGCAAUUAAACGUACAAAUCUUCUCAACAUAAUGAAAAUGCGAUAGAAUUCCCACAUUCAACCACGACUAGAAUUUCGAACACAAUCACCAACCACUUUACUUUCACAUCAUAAAUUAUGGCCAAAAUGACUGAAUUAAUUGUAACAACUACAACUACAACAUUACAAAAUGCACCUACAAGAUCAGAAAAACGAAAAAAGAAAAUUAAAUAUCGUGACAAAAUGAAAUUUAUAAAAGCCAUAAUACUAGGAUUAAUUGUAGUUGUAAUAAAUGAAUUAGAAACGAUGGGUGGAAAAAGCAGUGCGGGACUAAGAAGUAUUGGUGUGUUGGCACAAACGCGAGAUCCACGAUUUUAUUCCAGAGUAGGCGUUAACGAUUAUCAAUGGCCGAAUCCAGGUGAUCCAGAUUAUAGAACCUACACAUUUAAUGAUCGCCGUUAUGGUCAUUAUCAACCGAACGGUUAUGGUGCCAAUUAUCCCGGUAGAAAUCCACCAGGUCAAUAUCCACAAGGAAUGCCAAAUGAAGAUCGUUUUCGUUUUGAUCCAAACAAUCCAAAUGCAGGUCAUACACCAUUUCCAGGCAUUUUGGCUGGCUGGCGGGAAGAUCUACAAGGCAAACAGAGGCGUGACUCUUUAACGCUCGAACGUGAUGUUUUUGUCACCACCAACUAUGGUCAAGUGCAGGGAUUUAAAGUUUACAUGUAUGACAAUCCUGAUCCGAAAUCCUUUUAUCGUCCUUAUCAUUCGACGGUGGAUCGUGUGAUGGGUGAAUGUUCGGUAUUUUUGGGCAUACCCUAUGCUUUGCCGCCCACAUUUGAGGGUCGCUUUAAGCCACCCAGACUGCAUAGAGGUUGGCAGCUUUUGCAGGCGGUAGAUUUUGGACCCGCCUGUCCACAGCCAGUAAGAUACACGGGUGCGACCAAGGGUAUUAUGGAUAUGGAUGAGGAUUGUUUGUAUUUGAAUAUAUUUUCACCAAAUACGGGUGCUGGCAUAGCCCAAAAAUAUCCAGUUAUGGUUUAUAUACAUGGUGGUGAAUUUAUACGUGGCGCCUCUAAUCUGUUUCAAGGUCAUAUAUUGGCUUCAUUCUAUGGAGUGGUGGUAGUAACUUUCAACUAUCGCUUAGGAGCUUUAGGUUUUCUCUCAACUGGAGAUGAAAACUCUCCAGGUAACUAUGGCAUACUCGAUCAAUCCAUGGCCUUGAAAUGGGUAUACGACAAUAUAGAGUUUUUCAAUGGCGAUCGUGAAGCGAUAACAUUGUUUGGUCCCGGUGCUGGUGCAGCUUCAGCGGGCUUAUUGAUGGUAGCUCCCCAAACUAGAAACAUAGUGAAGAGAGUUAUUGCUCAGUCUGGUUCCGCUUUGGCCGAUUGGGCUUUAAUACAAGAUAAAUAUCGUGCUCAAAAUACCAGUCGUGUAUUGGGCCAACUUUUGGGUUGUUCUUUGGAGUCCUCCUGGAAAUUGGUAAAUUGUUUGCGAACUGGCCGAAGCUUCUACGAAUUGGGAAAUGCUGAAUUUCCACCCGAUGUUGGUACAUUUCCCUGGGGCCCUGUGUUGGAUCAUAAUUUUACGGUACCAAGUGAUGGUUGGUAUGAUGGCUGGCGUGAAAAGGAUUGGCGCUUUCUUUCCGAGACCCCUAUAGAGCUUAUGCGCCAGGGGAAAUUCAACAGAGGUUUACAGUACAUGACGGGUGUAACCACACAAGAAGCCGCCUUCUUCGUAUCACAAAAUGAGAGUUUAGCUCCGUACUAUGAAAUUGAUGGUAAAUUUUUUGAUCAAAAGAUAAGAGAACAUGUGCUGCGCUACAAUUACACUCUAAAUCCCAAUGGGAUAUAUGAGGCCAUUAAAUAUAUGUACACCUAUUGGCCGGAUCCCAACAAUAGUUCGGUAAUACGUGAUCAAUAUAUUAAUAUGUUAUCAGAUCUUUAUUACCGCGCCCCCGUAGAUCAAAUAGUUAAGAUUUUGUUGGAACAAAAGGUGCCCGUCUAUAUGUAUGUACUGAAUACCACCGUGGAAGCCUUAAAUCUGCCGCAAUGGCGUAAAUAUCCUCAUGAAAUAGAACAUUAUUUCCUGACUGGAGCUCCUUUUAUGGAUGUGGAAUUCUAUCCGAAAAAGGCUCAUUUAGAGAGAAAUAUGUGGACCGAUAAUGAUCGAAAUAUGUCUCACUUCUUUUUACAAACAUUCUCAAAUUUUGCUCGUUAUGGGAAUCCUACGCCCCAACAGGUAUUAGGUAUACAUUUUGAACGCGCCUACCAGGGUGAACUGCGUUAUUUGAAUGUGAAUACUACUUUCAAUUCGUCAAUUUUACUUAAUUACCGCCAAACUGAAUGUGCAUUUUGGACCCAGUACUUACCAACAGUUAUUGGGGUUUUGGUACCAACCUAUCCACCCACAACGGAAUACUGGUGGGAGCCUAAAGAACCUUUGCAAAUAGCCUUUUGGAGCAUGUCAGUGGCAUGUUUGUUUUUGAUUGUAUUGGUAGUUAUUUGCUGUAUAAUGUGGAGAAAUGCUAAGAGGCAAUCCGACCGUUAUUACGACGAAGAUGUUUUCAUUAAUCCCGACGGCACCGAAUACGAUCAACAAUCUCGAGCAGCUGGUGUCGAUAACACCAAUUUAGUAACUAAUCAUCAGGUAAUGCGAUCACGCGACAACAUUUACGAAUACCGCGAUUCACCCUCCACAAAAACAUUGGCCAGUAAAGUGCUCACCGACACCACAUCAAUAAGAUCGCCCUCAUCCUUGGCCAUGACACAAAAAACCGGUAGUCAAUCAUCACUUAAAUCUGCCAUUUCAUUAAAAGAAUCAAAUGGUGGCGGCACACUCACCUCAUACCACAGACCGUUACGCAGUGAAGCCACGGCACCAUCGGCCAGAAUUACAACAAAUGGUAAUAGCGCGCCCGCUGCUCAUACAAAAUCAAUAGAAGAGAAACGUCUGUUGCAACGCGAACCCAUACCAUUGUCUUCAACGCCCGUUCCAUCAGAAAUAUCAUAUACUAAACCUACAAAACCCAUUUUACAAAGUCGUAGUAUUACGCCUACACCAAGUGCUCGCACCACUACAACUACUGCCACUAUAUCCAGUGGUUCGAGUAUGAUGCAACCCCUACCAUUGCCCGUGCCGGCACCUAAACCCCAGUCACGUACUCAUGUGAUAGAGGGCGUACCACAGACCUCAGUUUAAGAAACAGCUCUCUAAAUGUUACAAUAUCGGAGGGAGUAGAGCAAUUUAUUUCUAUUCCAGCUGCUAUUGUUACAUUUAGAGAGGGCACAGUUGAAUAAUCUAAAUUUAAAUACAACAUGUACUAAUUUGUCUAAUUUUACUGCAAGUU